CGGGGACGGACAGGGCUGGGAACUACCGAGGCGAAGCACCUGUGGAACCCUCUCAAGAGGAACAGUCAUUGUGUGAAGGUUCAAAUUCAUCUGUUAGCAUGGAACUUUCAGAACCUGUUGUAGAAAAUGGAGAGACAGAAAUGUCCCCAGAAGAAUCAUGGGAGCACAAAGAAGAAAUAAGUGAAGCGGAGCCAGGAGGUGGAGAUGGAAGGCCACCAGAGGAAAGUGCCCAAGAAAUGAUGGAGGAGGAAGAGGAAAUACCAAAACCUAAAUCUGUGGUUGCACCACCAGGUGCUCCCAAAAAAGAACAUGUAAAUGUAGUAUUCAUUGGGCAUGUAGAUGCUGGCAAGUCAACCAUUGGAGGACAAAUAAUGUAUUUGACUGGAAUGGUUGACAAAAGGACACUUGAAAAAUAUGAAAGAGAAGCUAAAGAAAAAAACAGAGAAACUUGGUACUUAUCUUGGGCCUUAGACACAAAUCAGGAAGAACGGGACAAAGGUAAAACAGUAGAAGUGGGUCGAGCCUAUUUUGAAACAGAAAAGAAGCAUUUCACAAUUCUAGAUGCCCCUGGCCACAAGAGUUUUGUCCCAAAUAUGAUUGGUGGUGCCUCUCAGGCUGAUCUGGCUGUGCUGGUCAUCUCAGCCAGGAAAGGAGAGUUUGAAACUGGCUUUGAAAAAGGAGGACAGACGAGAGAGCAUGCAAUGUUGGCAAAGACAGCAGGUGUAAAACACUUAAUUGUGCUUAUUAAUAAGAUGGAUGAUCCAACAGUAAAUUGGAGCAAUGAGAGAUAUGAAGAAUGUAAAGAGAAACUAGUGCCAUUUUUGAAAAAAGUUGGCUUCAAUCCCAAAAAAGACAUUCACUUUAUGCCCUGCUCAGGACUGACUGGAGCAAACCUCAAAGAGCAAUCAGAUUUCUGUCCUUGGUACAAUGGAUUACCAUUUAUUCCAUAUCUGGAUAAUUUGCCAAACUUCAAUAGAUCAGUUGAUGGACCAAUCAGGCUGCCAAUUGUGGAUAAGUACAAGGAUAUGGGCACUGUGGUCCUGGGAAAGCUGGAAUCAGGAUCUAUUUGUAAAGGCCAGCAACUUGUAAUGAUGCCAAAUAAGCACAACGUGGAAGUUCUUGGAAUACUUUCUGAUGAUGUAGAAACAGAUUCUGUAGCACCAGGUGAAAACCUCAAAAUCAGACUCAAAGGAAUCGAAGAAGAAGAGAUUCUUCCAGGAUUCAUACUUUGUGAUCCUAAUAACCUUUGUCAUUCUGGACGCACGUUUGAUGCCCAGAUAGUGAUUAUAGAGCACAAAUCCAUCAUCUGCCCAGGGUAUAAUGCGGUGCUGCAUAUUCAUACCUGUAUUGAGGAAGUCGAAAUAACAGCCUUAAUCUGCUUGGUAGACAAAAAAUCAGGGGAAAAAAGUAAGACUCGACCCCGUUUUGUGAAACAAGAUCAAGUAUGCAUCGCCCGCUUAAGGACAGCAGGAACCAUCUGCCUUGAGACCUUUAAAGACUUCCCUCAAAUGGGUCGUUUUACUUUAAGAGAUGAGGGUAAGACCAUUGCAAUUGGAAAAGUUCUGAAACUGGUUCCAGAGAAAGACUAAGCAUUUUCUUGAUGACCCUGCACAAUACUGUGAGGAAAAUUGACUGCAAAAGCCUACUUCACACCGCCUUCUCUUAUUUUCUGCCCAUUGAUAAACUUCUUCCCAUAUUUUGCAAAGAGAAAAUUCACAGCAAAAGUCCACAUUAUGUCAGCUUUCUCAUAUUGAGAGCUCUGCUAUGCCACUGUGGAAUUUAUCCCAAAAUCUCCCCCCUCCCCUUUCAAACUCUGCUUCCUUGGACAGAUUUGGCAAUAGCUUUGUAAGUGAUGUGGACAUAAUUGCCUACAAUAAUGAAAACCUACAGGAAUUUUUUAUUUUUCAUUUUCCCCUUAGGCAUAGUCUUUUUUCCCCAGGCAGAUCAUUCUGAGUGUGCGAGUGUGUGUGCACAUGUUACAAAGACAACUACCAUGUUAAUAAAAUAUUCCAUUUGAAACCCUUUUCGGUAUUUGAAUUGCUUUUGAAUAAUGUUUUUUAUCUAGAUGUAACAUUGUUGCAUUAGCUUUUUAACUUUCCCAAGUAAUUGAAUACAUUUUUAUUACUUGGACUUUUCUAAACUCUUUCCCUAAUCACUACUCUAAAUGAGGCAUUUACAAACAAUGUUCAAGUUUGUAUUAAAAGAAUUAGUUGGAUGGACCCCUUCUUUUGAUGGUUAAUGCAUACAUAUCGUUACACACCUCUAUGAAACUGUGACCCUGCUUUACUAAUUAGGUCUAUCAGUUACUUUCUGCCAAUUUAUAUUUUAAACACAGUAAGUUCUUUUAAAAUAAAAGAACAGCAUACUGUUGUUUUGUAAGUAAGACUUAAUGAAAUUGUGCCCCUACAGAAAAUUCCAUUAACUGGUUAAAUUAGUGGAAUUUACAAUAAAGAAAGCAUGUUGAGACUUGACAAAAAUGCCUCUUUUAGUAUUUAUAAGAGCUGCAUGCAUCUAGUAUGGAAACUAUCGAUUACAAGUGCCAGUUGUACAAGUUACUCGAUUUACUCUUUGAUUCAGUAACUUUAAAGGUUGGAAGAUCCUUGCUGGUUAAUGCUAGAUCCCAAUCCAGCAACUCAAUGAACAUACAUAAUCUGCACAGACGAAAAUUAACAGUGAUAAAAUAGAAUCAAGCACAGUAUAAGUUUUAUCUCAAUUGUUUGAAAGUGACUGAGUUUUCUUAAGUAUAAAGCAAAAAUCUGCUAACCAUGACUUGGAUGAACCACGAUGCAGCAUUGUGGCUUUUAGACUGAAGGCUGACUUUCUGCUACAAUUAUCAUGACUUUGAAAUUUUUCAUAAGAAUGAAUGAGAAAUGGAAGAGAUAAUUUCUGGGCUUAUCAGAGCCUCCUUCCUGUUGAAUGAGUGUUGCCAUUUAUCAAAGACAGUCUCUUUUACAUUGUGAUUUAUCACUAAAUAAGAUACUUUGUAUUGUAUGUUUAAUAACAUUCUUUCCCUGUAAUCUUACUCCUCAGAAAAGAAAAGCCUAGUCAACUAUUUCCAGUCAUAAAUCCUAAAAUCUAAUAUUGUUUUCUUAAUUAUGGACUUCCCAUUCAUGAAAUGAAUGAUCACAUCUUAGGGAAAGGGCAAAGUCAUUGUCCUACAGCUUCCGAACUAUACUUGUGGCUAUAAAUUGCAUGAAAUUUAAAUUUUAUCAUGUCUGCAAAUUUCUGGGCUUUUAUUUUUCUGGGAAAUAUGGGACCUUUAAUCAGACCAUUCUUUUUGUACUUCCAUGUUAAUAAGGAGAAAUACUAGCAGUUGCUUGGAUUUUAAUGAAUCUUUACAAGUUCAAGUGUCAUUGAAAUUAUUUCCAAAACUAGGUUUCUCUUUUUUAAUUGAGCACAUUUUUUUUAAACCACUUACAUUUGCUACUAAAACAUUUACACUAUUGGGAUAUUAUGUGCAUGUUGCCAAGACUCUUAAGUGAAAUGUGAAUGGGCCUACCUCUACAAAAUAACAGUAAAAAUAACAAACAUAAUUCUAAAGAAUUUUGUUGGAUUUAAUCUUAACAGGGUUGCAAGGUUAAUCAAUACCAUAUAUUUUAUGGGCUUUGAAAUUCUUCAAGAAGUAUUCCCAGUUUAAAGUUGAUGCAUUUAAACCUGUGAUUAUACUGGCUAGUCACUUGAAUAAGGAGAUAAUGUGUGUGAUACAAACUUGCAGUGUGUGCAUAUGUUUGUUGGAUCUUUAAAGAGCAAUACAAUUCCUGUGCUGUCAUUCUGUCUUCUGCAAGUGCAAAAUGUUUAUAUGGUUGACAAUGCAAAAUAGGAUAAUUGGCUGCAUAUUUAAGACAUUACAGACCUAAACAUUUCUUCCUCUAUACUUAGCAUUUAUUCACCAUGAUUUUGUUUGCAUCUUUUUAUAUUAAUGAUCUUUAUACAACUUUCAUGCUAGAUUAUUUAAUUAUAGUCCUUUAAAUUAAUAAGCUGAAUUUUAAGAGAUAUCAUUGUAGAAAACAUCUAAGUAAUCGCCAUUUUAACCCUAUAUUUCUUAUUGUGGAAGAAGGGAAGAUAACAUUUCCUGUUUUUAAUUUGCAAAAAACUUAUCCAGUGAAAAUAUGUAAAAUCAAUCAAAAGAGUUGGAGACUGAGUGUAUAUUGCCAUGAAAUUAACUGACAAAAGUCAAGUGUUCUUGAAUAAUGAAACCCGUGUAUAUUUCUUGUUUUGAAUUAAAAAUCUUGAAAUAUGUGGUAAUUGAAUGUAAAAAUUUAGUAAACUGUAAAAGUAUAGGUUAUUCACUGUAAUGAGGUAAUUCAGACUUGUCUGCUAGUUGAGAAAACUAAGAACUGCUUUUACAAUAUCAGACUUCGAAAGCGAGUUGAACUGGCAUCCUCUCAGUUAAAGCGCUGCAAAUAUUUUGGGUCGUACUUUCAACCAGAUCCAGUUUUGCAACCUAAGAAAAAGUUGAACCUGUGGUCAAAAACUGCUCCCAUGAUGAACUUUUGUUGGGAAAACAAAAAAAAAAACAAACCAGCUAAACUUCUGGCAAUCUUCAGGAACACUAGUAAUUACUCCAUGAUCUUGAAUGACUAUUAACACAUGACAGCACUCUGGCACCUUCAACAUUGGCAUGGACUUGCUCAUGGACUGCUGCUUCAUGGGUGAUAGCUUCAUUGCUUUGGGUAGGGAUUUAAGGUAGUUAAGGGACAAUUAUGCAGUAUUUAUUGCAGCUCUUAACAUCAGGCAACUUUCAACCUUUAAACCCUUUGUGAAAAUUCUGGUUACAGCACUAUAGCUCUGACUGUAGAAUGAUUAAAUGUCAUAUUCAGUGUUGGCCUACCUUAUUAGAAUAAACUGCAAUUAAUCCUCUCACAGACAUAUACGUAAGGUAGAUAGAUAGCAGUCAGCUGGAUCUGGAGGAUGGUUAUCUGUCUCCAAAUACUGCACUUACUUCCAGCUAAUUUUUCAGUGAUUCUAGCAGAUGCCAUCUAAUAUAUUCAUGACCUUGUUUCAUUUUAGAUAUACUGCCUGCCAUGGCAGCAACUUGUUAAAUACAUGUAAUUACAUAUGCACAGCUCAAAAGAUGUAUUAGGUUUAAAUUUAGCAGUUAUUUAUAUUAGAUUUUAUAGUAAGUGGAAUAAGAAGUGGGUGUUUUGGGUUUUUUCCCCCCAGUAAUCCAAUUGAUUCCAUUUGAACCACUGAAUUGCCAGAAUUCAGAAUAGAUUUGAUUCAGCUUUUGAUGGUUUGGGCUCUAGGAUACUCUUGAUUUUCAGUAUCCUAGAACUUACUGAGUCUUCCCUUCAAUAACUACACUCCUCACAUACCUCUAAUCCUAUGCUUCCUUGAAAAAGUAAUAUGCUAGCUGAGUUUACUAAAGAUUCUGACAAGGGCCUGGAGGUGUGGGAGUGGAGAUUAAAACACUUUGUUCUCCAGUGUAAGGUAAAAGCAGACAGGCACUAGUACUGAUGAGGCAGAAAACACCAGGAUUUCUUAAACCCUGAGACCAUGAUUGAAUUUUCUGCCUUGUCACACAUGCCACUGUGUCCUUUAAAACUUAACAUGGAAACCUCAGAUUUGUGGACAGCACAGGUGAAUAACAUUUUGUGCUUCCUGAGGUUCCCCUCUGCCAGGCACGUUAGCUUAGUGCUUCAGAUGUCAGCCCAAGUCCUUGCUACCUCCUUUCCUGCUGCCCGGGGAAGUGUCUGUGCUGGAGCUGGAGCUCUGGCGCUCCUCAGGUGAUCGUCCUCACCUCCAUUUCCUCCACAUGCAUUAGGUGAAACAGGUCUGAGCCCGCAAGGUCUGCAUUUUAGGGACUCACACAUUGAGCCCUCAGAAAUGUACACAUUUAACUAGUUUCUUCUGUUUGUUUUAAAGGAAAUGUGGAUCUCUCUCAGGCCAGGAUUUAGUGACUACUUUUUACUAGACAGCUAGUUAAUACCUAGAUCAAUUUUUUUAAGAGAGGAUUAAAGGGAACUGAUUAGGUUUGCUGAGUUUUGUAACCUAAUUCCAAAGCAUGGAAGAGUGCCCUAGGUAGAAGAAACCUUUUUCUUAUGAUUUGUAGCUACCUACUGUGCCUGACUUGGUGCCUGUGUGAGGAUUAAGCCCUUAGUCUGCUCUUGCAAUUAUUCAAAUGACUGAAGUUAAAUUUUGCUUUUGUAAUACUAAUAAAAAUUGUCACCUUCCCUUUU